AUGCAGACCAUAAAGUGUGUAGUCGUCGGUGAUGGUGCCGUCGGUAAGACGUGUUUGUUGAUCUCCUACACCACCUCCAAAUUCCCAGCUGACUACGUGCCUACUGUGUUCGACAACUACGCGGUGACGGUCAUGAUCGGUGAUGAACCAUUCACCUUGGGACUCUUCGACACUGCUGGCCAAGAAGAUUACGAUAGAUUAAGACCAUUAUCAUACCCCUCCACAGACGUGUUUUUGGUGUGUUUCUCUGUGAUUGCACCCUCGUCUUUUGAGAACGUCAAGGAGAAGUGGUUUCCUGAGGUUCACCACCACUGUCCCGGCGUGCCAUGUCUCAUAGUUGGAACACAGAUCGAUUUAAGAAACGAUGAGGUGAUUUUGCAGAGAUUGAAUAGACAGAAAUUGUCGCCCAUCACUGCGGACCAGGGAGAGAAGUUGGCCAAGGAGUUGCGUGCUGUGAAGUACGUGGAGUGCUCUGCAUUGACCCAGAGGGGCUUGAAGACUGUCUUCGACGAGGCCAUUGUGGCUGCCUUGGAGCCUCCUGUCAUCAAGAAGUCGAAGAAGUGCACCAUUUUGUAG